AUGUAAGAAAACUAAAAAACAGAAGAAAAUUAGAUAUAUAAUUAAAAUGGCAAAGUUAAUAAAUAGAAUUAAGAUUUGCCAAAAGUCAUACACAUUGAGAAAUUUGAUUUACACUAUCACAACAUUGCUUCAAAUAUAACUUCUACUUAAAAAAAAAUAGAAAUUAAAUAAUUGGAGGGUGAGGAAAAUUAUGAAAGUGGCAGAGAUUUUAAUGAAAAAUUAGAUUUUAAUAGCAUAAGCUAAUAGAUGAGUGCAAGUCAAUAAGAAUUAAUGAUGUUAUAAACUGAAAGAUAAAAUCAAAAUAGCCUUUUACCAUUAAAUUCCACUAUUAAUCCUAAAAUUAAUCUCUAUGAGAAAUAACUUGAAAACACAAAGAUGGAAACUUAUUAUGAGAAGCGAAAUAGUAAUUUACUUAAAUAGCAAGUUAAGUUUGCUUUUGAGUAGUCAAGAGUACGUUAAAAUUCUGAGAUUAAGCCAGAUAUUAUAGUAGAAGAUUCUAAUAAAAUUGUAGAAGAUUACAAGCAAAAAAAAAUGGGUAAUACAGUAAAUUAAAAAAGAAAUAGCAGCAAAAUGUAGGCUGAAUAAUUUUAAAUUAACUUGCAGAAAGUUAUCUAAAUAAAAAAUAAUUAGUAUAAAGAACACAAAGAUAAAUAUUUUGAUAAUUUUGACAAAGAAGAAUCUAUGCAAACUUAAGAAUUAGAGACGAGUUACAAUAACCAAAUUUAAGACCCUUAUCAAUAAGAUUAAUAAUAGAAAUUUGAUAAAAUUCAAAAAUUAAUUAAAAAGGAGGGGUAGCUCUCUAAUAGUUUUGUUGCUAGGUUAAUAAUCUAAAUACCAGUUUUUAACCCUUUUAAUUUUGCAGUUAUUGGCCUAGAAUUAACAAGAUUUCCUUUCUGCUUUUAAAUUACUAAGCUUAUUUUUCUUGUUUUCUUGCUUGCGCACAUCAACGGCUGCAUUUUUAAUUAAGUUGCUAAAAAUUUAGAUGAAAGCUGGCUAACAAAAAAUAAUAUUAAUAAUGCUGAUUGGUACGUAAGAUAUAUUAAUAGUGUAUACUUUUCUUUUAUUUCAAUGGUUACUGUUGGAUACGGAGAUAUUACUCCUAUUUCUCUCCAAGAGAAAAUCUUUGUUAUUUUCAUGGUAGCUUACAGCUGUGGAGUAUUUGGAUAUAUUGUUAGCAGUAUCGGUAACAUUUUUACAGAGAGGGCAUAAGUAAAAGCUAAAUUUAAGAGUUAAUUAGUCGACAUAAUUUAAUAUAUGAGGACAAGGAACAUCGACUAGAUAAUCUAAUCAUAAGUUUACAAAUAUUUAGAUUAUUUAGAAAAAAUGGAUCAUUACAAUCAUUAAAAAGGAGAAUUUACAGUUUAAAAGCUAUCUCCAUACCUCUAAAAACAAAUUAAAAUAAACUCUUAUUAUCCCUUUCUUAAAAAAAUAAAUUAUUUCAAGCUAAACUUUAAAGACUCCAUUUUAGUUAGCGCUUCUCUAAAAAUAAAGGAAAUUACUUUUGGACCCGGCUAAAUAAUAUUCAACCAGAAUGAUUAUGAUAAUAGAUUAUAUUUUAUUCUCAAAGGUGAAGUCCAGCUUAGCAAUAAUAACCACAAAAUUUGCAUUAAAGAUGAAAAUGAUAAUUGCUUUGGGAUAAAUGAGUUUUUUACUGGAGAAGCCCGAAAUCUAUAAGCUAAAAGCUUAACAGUUUCUUAAAUUUUAUAUUUAGAGUUGAGUGAUUUUAAAGAAAUCUUAAAAGAAGAUCCAUUGGAAUAUGAAAAAUUUAGCUCUCUCAAAGACUAAGCAAUUUUUAGUAAAGUUUCAAUAGACUAAUCCUGCUAUUUUUGCAACAAGUUUAGCCACAUGCAUGAUUUAUGUCCAUUUUAUACUAUAAAAAACUAAAGAUUGCUAAUUAUUGAAAGAAGUAAGAGAAAUAUUGAUUAACUAAGGUAAAAGUUUGAGAGACCCUAUCUUUAAAAGUUCAAUAGUUUAUUAAAAAAUUAAAUUGUUAGGCUGAACUUAAAAGCUGUUAGAUUAAACUAUAUCAAUAACUUAGCAGUCGAUAAAUAUGAAAUUAUAUAGCUUGUUUAAAACAAUACCAAUAUUGAAAACGAUUUAGACUUUUAUAGAUAGAAUGAUGCCUUUGAGUAUAGAAAAAGCUUAGAUGCAGAAGGAGAAGAAGCAAUGGAUUUAAAAUAGAAUAUUGUUUUGAUCAGCUCUGAUAAAAUAGCAGAAGAGUUUUUCUAAGAUGAAGAAAUACUUGAAAAAUCAUAAGAAACUUAAGAAUCAAAUUUUUUCUUUAAUUCUAGCAAAAAAAUAGCAAGAAGUUCAAUUCUAGCUGUAGAAAAUUUUAUAGAUGAGCAAAAAAAUAUUUAACAAUUUCCUUUUAUUAGUUCUAACAAUCACCAAGCUAAAAGAAAUUCAUAUUUAAAAAGCUGCAUAUUUCACUAAAAUAAUAAUGCUUUUGAGAGGCUUACUUCAAUUAAAGAGCAUAUUUCAUAAAAAAAUAUUAACAUUUAAAAUUCUUAGGAUUUGUCAUAAAAGAAAAUACCUGAAUAAUCUGAAAAUCUAAAUUAAAAUAUGAAUAAUAAUCAGCAUUUACUCAAUCAGAUAUUUAAUUUUAUAGAGUAAAAAAAAGGAAAGUACAAUUCUGAUAAUUGUGUUGACAUUCAAAAUAUUAAUAAAUCGGAUGAUUUUUUUAUUGUUUGCAACUUUGAUUUAAUGCAAGAAUUUACUAGGUAUUUUCCAAAAAAUAAUCUACAUAUUGUAUUGCAAAAAUAUAACAAAUUAUGCUAAAAAUAGCUAAAAUUAAAAACUAAAAAAUCUAAAAAACUGAUUAACAGAAGUAAGAAUACUUUGAAAUAAAGUAAGAUUUAAUAAGCUUUAUACAAAUACCAAGCUAUUAAUAUAUUGUAAUAAAGAAAUUCUAAUCUAAACUAAAUAAGAUAAAGUUCUGUAAAUAUAAAUGAUAAUCUAAAAUUGGAAUUAGAAGAAGGGACAUAAAAUCUAAAUUCAGAUUCACAAAGCGAAUAUUAACUAACUCAUAUGAAACAAGUAGAUACAAUAAAAUCCAAUUUUUCAAAUUCAUAACAGUGA